AUGAGGUUGGAUGGAAUCAUUUUCGCAUUUCUUAUCGCUAACUGUAUUGCAGAAUGCGAAGAAGGAUGGGAGACGCCUGGGGAGAAUUCUAGCUGCUACAAACUGUUCACGGAAAAGAAAUCAUGGGAUGGUGCAAACGAUAACUGUCUAGAAGCAAGUUCUCACCUGGCCAACAUAGAUUCUGAGGAAGAAAACAGCUAUUUGCUGAGUACAUUCCUGCAAAUCCCAAAAGGCGAGGUAAAUCGAGAGGCGUGGAUUGGACUCACGGACAGACUCAAGGAAGGAGAAUUCGUCUGGACAGAUGGAUCACCUGCAAACUAUUCAAACUGGGCCGAUGAACAACCAAAUAAUGAAGAUGACGAACAGGAUUGUGGUGAAAUCGCUAAUGGAGUAUUCUGGCCUGCCGGUCCACCGCAAAUUGGAGUUUGGAACGAUUUCCAGUGUUAUAAAAAUCUUAUGUACAUUUGUGAAAAGGAACCUUAG